ACUUACUUAUCUCUUACUUUAAGCCUGACUGAGUCUCCAUCGUCUUCUUCUUCCCUUGGCCUUCACCAUCGAUCUUCUCUCUUUUGAAACUCUUCUUUUCUCAUAAUUUAGUGAGCAAUAAUGUUUUUUCAUUAAGAUUCCUUUUGUACAUAUUAUGUUUUGUGAUUUAUCAAGAGAGGCUUCUUUAAAAGAUGAAAGAAGCAUAGAAUCAAAACAGAAGCUGUUUCUCUAUUCUUCUAUUUUUGUUUUUAUCAUUUUUUAUCCGACAAAUCUCUAAGAUUGCAGGUCUUCACCAUGGCAAUGAAAAUGAAGGGCAUCUACAAAGGCUUCAAAUGUAUCUCUCAAAUAUUUGGCGUGGAGAAAGAAAGUGAUGAAAUAGAAAUUGGGUAUCCAACUGAUGUAAAACAUGUGGCUCAUAUUGGCUGGGAAGGUUCCUCUGGUAGUGCUCCUGGUUGGAUGACUGAGUUUAAGGUCGGAGCUGAGGUUUUAUCUCCAAGACCAUCAUCUUUUAGUAAUGCAAGACCUUCUACUUCUUUUUUCACUUCUUCUUCCACUGAUUUUGAUCUAGGAUCGAGUCAGCGAACAAUAUCAGAUACACUUAAAGAUGUACCUCCAGUUCCUCCAAUAAAUUUACCAAAAGUUAACAACACGAAAAGUAGUAAAAGAAAGAAGUCAUAUUCUUCAUCAUCAUCUCCAAAAUCUUCAAGAUCAUCUAUUUUAUCUAAAUCCUCAUAUAAAUCAACAGUAUCAAGACUAAUCUAGAAUAUAUAAUAAUAUGU